AUGAAAAGUAAUGAUGUAACUAAUAGUAGCAGUAAAGAGCAAAAAAAUGAGAAAAAAGAAAAAUUUUACGUGUUAGGAAUGUUUCCAUAUCCUAGUGGUAUGUUACAUAUGGGUCAUGUGAGAGUUUAUACUAUUAGUGAUACUAUUGCAAGGUUUAAAAAAAUGCUAGGAUAUGAGGUGAUUCACCCAAUGGGAUGGGACGCAUUUGGUCUUCCAGCAGAAAAUGCUGCAAUUGAACGCGGAAUUAAUCCUGCAGAAUGGACUAUCAGUAAUAUUGAAACUAUGAAAUCUCAACUAGGAAAAAUCCUUGCUGAUUUUGAUUGGGAAAGGGUUGGGUUUAUUAAAAUAUUUAUAUCCAAUUUGGCUUACCAAAAAGAAGCUAUAGUGAAUUGGGAUCCAAUUGAUCAAACAGUUUUGGCAAAUGAACAGGUCUAA